UUGUCUCUGGGGUUAAAACCGCUUUUCUCAUAUUGGUGUGUAAGAGAAAAUGAGGGAAUUUCUUUGCGUUUGUUUGGUUUGUCUGUUUGUUUAAUCGGCAUUUUUAAAAUAAUUUACUCAGCCCUGUCUCAGAGAAAGUCCACGAUGAUCUGGAAUUCAACCUCAGGGAAAAGUUCUCUCCUGUGCCUGAGACACUGCGCAACUAACUGGAACUGAAGGAUGGAAACUGGGUGUUUAAUAUAUUAGGAACAGUUGAUUCUUCAGUGACACUUUCCAUGCAGAUACUUCAAACAAAAUAAUGGAGCCCCAAAGACCGAAUGUGAAGACAGCAGUGCCAUUGUCUUUGGAAAGCUAUCACAUAUCUGAAGAGUGUGGCUUUCUUCUUCCAGAUUCUCUGAAAGAACUUCCAGAUCAUUAUAGGCCUUGGAUGGAAAUUGCCAACAAACUUCCUCAAUUGAUUGGUGCUCACCAGCUUCGAGCUCAUGUGGACAAGAUGCCCCUGCUGAGCUGCCAGUUCCUGAAGGGUCACCGGGAGCAGCGCCUGGCCCACCUGGUCCUGAGCUUCCUCACCAUGGGUUAUGUCUGGCAGGAAGGAGAGGCGCAGCCUGCAGAGGUCCUGCCAAGGAAUCUUGCCCUUCCAUUUGUCGAAGUCUCCAGGAACUUGGGGCUCCCUCCUAUCCUGGUCCACUCAGACUUGGUGCUGACGAACUGGACUAAAAAAGAUCCAGAUGGAUUCCUGGAAAUUGGGAACCUGGAGACCAUCAUCUCAUUUCCUGGGGGAGAGAGCCUGCAUGGUUUUAUACUGGUGACUGCUUUGGUGGAGAAAGCAGCAGUGCCUGGGAUAAAGGCUCUUGUUCAGGCCACGAAUGCUAUCUUGCAGCCCAACCAGGAGGCCCUGCUCCAAGCCCUGCAGCAACUGAGACUGUCUAUUCAGGACAUCACCAAAACCUUAGGACAGAUGCACGAUUAUGUAGAUCCAGACAUAUUUUAUGCAGUCAUCCGGAUCUUUCUCUCUGGAUGGAAAGACAACCCAGCAAUGCCUGCAGGGCUGAGAUAUGAAGGAGUUUCCCAAGAGCCCCUGAAAUACUCUGGCGGGAGUGCAGCUCAGAGCACAGUGCUUCAUGCCUUUGAUGAGUUCUUAGGCAUUAAUCAUAGCAAGGAAAGUGCUGACUUUCUGUACAGAAUGAGGGAUUACAUGCCUCCUUCCCAUAAGGCCUUCAUAGAAGACAUCCACUCAGCACCUUCCCUGAGGGACUAUGUCCUGUCCUCUGGACAGGACCACUUGCUGACAGCUUAUAACCAGUGUGUGCAGGCCCUGGCAGAGCUGCGGAGCUAUCACAUCACCAUGGUCACCAAAUACCUCAUCACAGCUGCAGCCAAGGCAAAGCAUAGGAAGCCAAACCAUCUCCCAGGGCCUCCUCAGGCUUUAAAAGACAGGGGCACAGGUGGAACCGCAGUUAUGAGCUUCCUUAAGAGUGUCAGGGAUAAGACCUUGGAGUCAAUCCUUCACCCACGUGGUUAGGAGGCUGCCCUCUCCCCAGCAAUGCAGAGCCCCCAUGGAGGGCCGGUGGGCCUGGAGAAUGAGGGUCAGGGUUCUGCCUGGGAUCAUCCAGGAAGGAUCUCAGCCCUGUUCAUGUUUCUGCUCUACAGAGCACUAUAUUCUCCUUGUUGAGAGCUGUUGACUUCACCAAGGACAGUUGAUGUGGCCAAGCCUUUCCUUCCCUACCUGAUCACUGCUUAACAGCAAGUAUAAUGGAUACUUCCUCAUGCAGAACCCCCAGAGGACUGACUGUACGCCAUUCUCUUUGCCAAGUAAUGGAAAACCAAUCUAAAUUUCAAAAAUCAGAUAAAAUUGCCCGGGGAUACAUUACUUGUUGAUUUUCUUAAAAAAACAAAUUCACUUAACAAUUCAUUAAGUUCAUACUGAGCACUGCCUCCAAGAUUAGAAUAAGGAUUUCUGUGGUCCCAGACCAGCCCUCUUCUCCCUGAAUGUGUUGAGUUGGUGGCAGGAGGUUGGAAAUGCUCCAGUGGAGAUGGGAAGUAGAGGAUGCUGACAAUAGGGACUUGGAAGUCACUAGUUUGAAAAUGAGCAGUUAAUGAUACGGGAAUGGAUGAGACUUUCCACAUGGUACCCAGAUUUGCAAAUUCUAUUGUAAUGCCUUUAUUUUUAGAAGAAUUAUUCUCUCUUCUUACUCUGAAAAUCUGUAUUUGUAAAAUGAAUGAAUGGAUCCUAUAUAAGUAAAUAAGAAAACUGGGAAUAAGUAGUAAAUCGAUGUGUUUAGUGUGCAAAUAAAUGUAAAUACUUUUAUUGA